AUGGGUUUCGAAAUGUGGAUUCUCACUUCUCUUUUGCCACGCUUCAAACCCAAGGCGCCUCACCAAGAUCGCGAAGAGCGACAGGGAUGUUUGUCCCAAGUCCUCGCAGUUAUCUGGGGUGGAGAGAAGCGUCAAUUCGAUGAAUCCUACUACCAGCAUGCCUCUCAACAAUUCCACCAGGACGUCCCCGUGUCUAAGCCCCCGGGACUGGUCGAUCAGCUCCGAUAUGAUCCUAAAGUCGAAACCAGAUUAAGCAGCUGCAAGCCUGGGCAAGGGCCUCCCCUCCUUUCUACUGAGAGUGAGUCGGCUAGUUCUCGUGGGCCAAAAGCUGCACCUACAUCAACCUCGAGCGAAGGAGCCAAAGACUGCCACUCUCAGGAACCGCCGGUUAACGCUGUCCCACGCAACGCGCGUCCCGGGAAUCAACGCCCGGAGUCCCAGGACUCCAUCCUUUCUUUGAAUCGUUAUCUCAACAAACCAGAGCUGUAUGAGGAUAUCAUUGAUGAGGCAUGCGGCACGAAUCUGGGGAGUGCCAUAGAUGAAUCUACAACAUCAUUUACACCCUGUCCGCCAACGCCUCAGCGUGCAGACGUACCUCGAAACGGACCAGCAGGGACCAGGUCCAGAGGCUCGACAGGUAGCUCCGCGCCGCAAAUUAGUGAAUUUGAGAUUCAAUCAGGAUCAAGUACCCGCGAAUCUGGAGUGUUUGGAUGUAAUUCUAAUCCUUUACUGCAUCGUGACGCGCGGUUGGGCAGUUCCGACCUCUCACCGUUAGCGAUGCCUCAGAAGACGGAUAAUGUUGAACUGCAGCCGUAUCUUGAUUCAUUAAACUAUCUCUCUAAGAUCCAGACCUAG